AUGUCAACCAGCCAUGAUUCCUAUACACCUACGCCAACUAGCCAUGAUUCCUAUACACCUACGUCAACCAGCCAUGAUUCCUAUACACCUACGUCAACCAGCCAUGAUUCCUAUACACCUACGCCAACCAGCCAUGAUUCCUAUACACCUACGUCAACCAGACAUGAUUUCUAUACAGCUACGCCAACCAGCCAUGAUUCCUAUACACCUACGCCGACCAGCCAUGAUUCCUAUACACCUACGCCGACCAGCCAUGAUUCCUAUACAGCUACGCCAACCAGCCAUGAUUCCUAUACACCUACGCCAACCAGUCAUGAUUCCUAUACAUCUACGCCGACUAGCCAUGAUUCCUAUACACCUACGUCAACCAGCCAUGAUUCCUAUACACCUACGCCGACUAGCCAUGAUUCCUUUACACCUACGUUAACCAGCCAUGAUUCCUAUACACCUACGUCAACCAGCCCUAUACACCUACGUCAACCAGCCAUGAUUCCUAUACAGCUACGCCGACUAGCCAUGAUUCCUAUACACCUACGUCAACCAGCCAUGAUUCCUAUACAGCUACGCCGACUAGCCAUGAUUCCUAUACACCUACGUCAACCAGCCAUGAUUCCUAUACAGCUACACCGACUAGCCAUGAUUCAUAUACACCUACGUCAAUCAGCCAUGAUUCCUAUACAGCUACGCCGACCAGCCAUGAUUCCUAUACACCUACGUCGACCAGCCAUGAUUCCUAUACACCUACGCCAACCAGCCAAGAUUCCCUUACAGCUACGCCGACUAGCCAUGAUUCAUAUACACCUACGUCAACCAGCCAUGAUUCCUAUACAGCUACGCCGACCAGCAAUGAUUCCUAUACACCUACGCCGACCAGCCAUGAUUCCUAUACACCUACGCCGACCAGCCAUGAUUCCUAUACAGCUACGUCAACCAGCCAUGAUUCCUAUACACUUACGUCGACCAGCCAUGAUUCCUAUACACCUACGCCAACCAGCCAAGAUUCCCUUACAGCUACGCCGACUAGCCAUGAUUCAUAUACACCUACGUCAACCAUCCAUGAUUCCUAUACACCUACGCCGACCAGCAAUGAUUCCUAUACACCUACGCCGACCAGCCAUGAUUCCUAUACACCUACGCCGACCAGCCAUGAUUCCUAUACAGCUACGUCAACCAGCCAUGAGACCUAUACAGCUACGCCAACCGGUCCUGAUUUCUAUACAGCUACGUCAACCAGUCAUGAUUUCUAUACAGCUACGUCGACCGGUCCUGAUUUCUUAA